GGCGCCGCGACGGGCGGUGCGGUCUGUGGCCGGCCCUCUUGAGCGUGGAGAAUCAUCGCGGUUUCCCGACCUGGACGGCCCGCCGAUGAUGUCGGGAGGACUGCCUGCUGGCACCAUGUCGUCGCACGUGCAAGACCAGUUCCCUGGACAGAACCCGCAGCAGUUCGCGACACCCUUUGUGCCUCACGCUCCUGUGCACACUGCGUCGUUCGGAGAGGCUGCGGAGUACUACGGCGACCAAGGCCAGUCUGUCCAGCACCAGCCGGGCGUGCGAAUAGAGCGCCCUUCGGUCAUUAUACCGCAAGAUCAGCAGCACCUGAUCACAGGCUCAUCUCAGGCGAACCCGGUCGCCGACACUGGAGCGGGCGCAGCUGCCGAAUUCUACAGCAUGGCAAGCGCCGAACCACAGCAACCCUCGAAGCCGCCGCGGCCCUCGUCUAUGCCUGGCGCCUUCACUGAUGACGAGCCUUUACCUGCGAAGCCCCCGAGACCUUCAUCCAGACCCGACAAGCCAGGCAAACUGAGCUCUGCUGCUGCCAUGGCUGGUGCCGCUGGUGUGGGAUAUGCCUUUGGCCACGAGUCCUCUCAAACUCACUCUCAACAAGCCACAACCUACACGAACGGCAUCUCGGGUGAUGCUGCUUCCAUAUACUACCAAGGCGAGAAUCCGUCGACGGCAGCAACAGACGGCAGCCAUAACUAUAAUGGGACCAGCAGCUACGUUCCCACAUACAACGAAGCCAUGGAAGGCAUGCCCCCACCGAAGCCUCCCAGGCCUGGCAAACCCGAGAAGCAGCCGUCCGGCUCAUCUCAUGCUGGGCUAUAUACUGCAGGUGCUGCCGGACUUGCAGCUUACAGCCUAGCCCACCACAACGCACACCACACGCACAACCACAACCAUACCCACUCUAUGCCUGGAGGCUUCCCUGGAGAGCAUUACGGCAGCUACGGUUCAUCACCUGGAACCUUGAUGUCCGGCGGCAUGGCGCAGCGACACGAACACAAAGGGCCCGUGUCCAAGUUCGCAGACUGGUGGAAGAACUAUGACGACGUGCGGAAGAUGGAAGAGUACACCGAGUACAUUGGCGUCUGCAAGUAUUGCUUUGAUCCGCGAUCUUCACCCAUGGACGCGCCUCGACCUCAUCAUUACAAUCGAAGGAAACGCUCGGGUGAGCUUCGCCCAUCUGGAAUCAAGGAGAAGCAUUCCCGCUAUGGACUGAAUGAGAAGGCUUCGCGAACGUCACUCUCUGGCGAUGAGAGACGAGACAAACGCAAGAGCAAUAGCAGCUCUGCGGCUGGCUGGAUCGCAGCGGGCUUGGGUGGCGUCGGUCUUGCAAAGGCUGGACAGGCACUCUUCAACCAGCGGAACGAUUUUGACGACACCUACAGCAUCAAAUCUGGCCGCGACCCGCGUUCACGAACAUCACGCCGAAGUCGAAGCCGGUCUCGAGAGAGUAAGCAUUACUCUUAUGGCCGAUCGGGGAUCCGACACAGAAGCCCAUCGGAAGAUCGCAUAUCAUAUAUGUCUACGGGAAUCACGGGAAAUCGCAAAGAUCGCAGAGACUACAAGGUUGUCCAGCACCGUUCACAUUCGCGGUCACGGUCCCACUCGCGAGAUCGCAAAUCUGGUAUCCUAGGCGCUGCACUCGGUGCUGGCCUGGCAGCGUCAGCUGUUGGCGCUUCUCGGAAGAAGCAUCAUAGCCGAAGCCGCAGCCGCUCUCACUCACCACAGAAUGCGUUUGUUCACCAUCGUCGGGAUAGCAGUGAUCGCGAACGGAGAUACUCGAAGAACCAACGCUUGAAGAGCAAGUCAUCUCGGAGCUCGGUCAGCGGUGCUUCCUUCGUUGAAGUUUCCAGACCCCAUCAAUCGCAAGGAGGCUUUCUGGGAGGUUUCUUCGCCGCCGCUCCGCCCAAGGAAAAAUCAAAGGAGAAGAAGCGGAAAACUCACAGCCAAUCCAAGAAAAAGAAGGGUUUCUUCAACUUCGGAAAUGCAUCAUCAUCAUCUUCCGAUUCCGACAUCGCGUUCGGCGAGGGAUUCGUCAGGCGCAAGAAGCGUCUCGAAAAGCGUCCCUCGCGACGAAGUUCCGACGAAAAGCUCAAUGCCACUCUGAUCGGGCUAGGUGCGACCGCCGCCGCGAUUGCUGCAGCAAAAGCCGGACGCAGCAGUGGCCGACAUCGCCCUGAAGUUGUUGCCGUUCGCGAGAACCGACAUCAAACCCAAAGCAGAUAUCGACGCCAGUCUGGAGGCUCUCGUUACGGCAACGUAGAUGCGGAUGGCUGGGAGGAUCUUCCGGACGAUGACACAACCGAUUCAGGAAGCAUCAGCUCGGGCCUUGCCUUUGGCGACCAUGACCUAUACAAGACUAAGAGUAGGGAGUCUCUCAACUCGAAUGGUUCAGGUACUAGCAAGUGGGGCUGGCGAUGGGGCAGUAAGAAGGAGAAGAAAAAGCCUUCCACUGAAAGCUUGUACAACGCUAACGCCAACAAUUCGCUCAUCGGUCCUGCCGCAGUCGGUGCUGUGGCUGGAACAGCAAUCGGCGCUGGCCUUCAUCGACAGGACAGCAGCGCCAGCAGCAUCCCUUCGCUCCAGAAUGUCGUCCCAGUCCAGGCAACCGCUGAUCCCAAUUCGUUCGAUGCCAGACGGACAAACUCUCUGCCCACGCCACAACCACUCCUAACUUCCCAAUCUGGCCCAACGACCAUUCAGCAUCCACAGCCUAUGCAGCAGGUACCUGGAGCUAUGUACUCCACGCAAGCGCCACCUGAACCUGGCUACAUUGUUCCCAGUGGCCCUCCAGUCUUUUCGCAGCCUCCUUAUCCCACUGCUUUCGACUCUCCGCAGCAUCCGGCUCCACCUCGUCGUGCCAACUCGUCUCCCGUACAGUCAUCCUCUUGGAAGCGUGAUGCUGCUCUCGCCGCCGCUGCCGGUGGACUCGCUGGCGCCGCAAUAUCUUCUAUGAAGAAUAAGGAUCGGCCUUCUCGACCUUCCAGCUCUCAAUCAAACGUACGCUUUGGCUUCACCGAGGAACAAGCGCACAAGGAGCGCCAGCGCCUCAAGGAUAUUGAACGCGACGAGGAAGAUGAGCGACGCCGCCGUCUUGAUGAAACAGAACGCAGAGAACAAGAGCGUCGCAAGCUUGAGCUCCAACGCCAGCAGGAAGAGGCGAGAAAGUACCAGGAGGCCGAGCAAUUGGCCAAGCUGGAGAUCGAGCGCCGCGAGGCUGAACGCCGUCGUGAGCACGAGGCGAAAGAGCGCCGCGAACAAGAAGAACGUAUUGCUCGCCGGGCCAGGGAGAAGGCCGAGGAACAAGAGCGCCGUGAACAUGAAGCUCGUAUUGCCGAGCAACGGAGGCACGAACUUGAGCUCGAAGAAGAGCAGAAGCACCGGGAACGCCUCGAGCAGGAACGUCGCAUGGCAGAGCAACGUAAGCGUGACAUCGAAUUCGAACAAGAGCUUGAACAAAAGCGACGAGAACGCCGGGAGCUGGAUCAACGUGUAGCUGAGCAACGAGAGGCUGAGCAGCGCGAAGCCGAGAUUCAGCAAGACCUGGAGCGCAGGCGGCGAGAACGCGAGGCAGAAGAGUAUUCUAGCCGCUACGAAAGUGAUCGAGACCGCCGCACGAUUGAGCAGCAACGCACUGGAAGCUCUGUUACUAGCGACGUUCGGCGCAAAGAACAAGAGCUCGAAGACCGGGAGCGAGACAUUGUUCAGCCAGAUGUUUGGAAGAAGCCUGCCGCUGUUGCCACUGCUGCUGUAGCCGCUGCCGCGAUUACGAGCGCUGCUAUAUCAUCCUCGAAGCACGACGAUCGCCGCACCAAGAAGGAGGCAUCGUCCAAGUACGAUAAGUACGAUGACCGCCGCACGAAGGAGGUGGAGCCGUCUUCUGUCAAGACAGUAGAGCCGGCUGCGGUCAAAACAAUUGCACCCAGCAUGAUUGCGCAGGACUACGCCGAUGAUGAUAUCUUCAACCCUGACAUCUUCAAGAAAAGGAGAGCUUCUCCCAUUCGGCAGCCGGGCAGCGCACAAGAGGUUCUUCAAGAAUGGGAAGAUCGAUACACACACGAACAGGUGUCCCAGGCGGACUUCUUCGCGCCGAAGGAAUUGCUUGACAAGACGGCAGCUCCUGUGGCCAAAGUUGACCCGAACGAAGGUGCUCCUGAUCUUCUUGUCUACCAAGCCCACGACGACCAUGAUUAUGGCCCACCACGCCGCCCGCCUUAUCCUACUUCGUAUUCGUUCACCGCCACCAAAGACGGUCGUGGCCCAGCAAACCCACCUUAUCCUGUCCCUGAGCUCAAUCUUAUUCAGCCAACCCCCCCUGGAAGUCGAGCGCCUACACCACGCGUCGUCUCUGUCCCAGCUUCACCUGCUAUGGAGCCUGUCCCAGAGCCGACUAAAGAAGAUACCAAACAGGAAGAAGCGAAUCGCCGGGGCUCAAGGGUCAGUUGGGGCGCGAAUCAGUUCCACAACUACGAAGUUCCCACACCAGACUCUAUCCGCGAGAACUUUGUGUCUGAUCAUGACCUUGACAAGUACACAAAACAAUCCCAGGACAAGAUCUACGUCGAGGCUGACUCUCCCAAAUCUGGGCGGAAGACAACAACUUAUGAACCAAAACUCCCCGAGCCCGAGGUUCCUGCCAGCACGCAGUACGUCCCCGGCCAGGACAACGAUGAUUGGGCCGGUACGAUGUCAAAGAAGGUCAGCAAGAAGGACAAGAAGAAGGCCAAAGCAGCUGCAGCGGCAGCGGCAGCGGCGGCAACAGUUGUGACAACUGCUGCACUCGCUUCACGGGAUGACGAUAGACAUAUCCGUGCUCGCGACGACGCUGACAACGUGUCUAUCAUGACCGACCCUUUCGCUGACAAGUACGCUGCAUCCACUGUAUCUGCUGCACCUUCGACUAUGAGCUCUUGGUCGACUCCAUUCCCCGAGUCUGCCUCUGAUGUCACCGUUGUACCGGCCAAGCCAACGAGGUCGAUCCAGGGUGAGCUCAUUUCUGACCCCGAGCCCAUGCACAUGCCUGGCGGCUUCGACGACUCGUCUGCGCCAACCACGGAAGCGCCCACGGAAGACGAGUGGACCGCUCCCAGCAAGAAGGGCAAGAAAGGUAAGAAGUCGAAGAGUACUGACGAGGACACCUUCGCCCUCUCAGAACCACCGAGAACGAUUGAACAGAUCCGAGAGCCUGAACCGGAGCCCGUAAGGGAAGUCAUAAUUGAACCCGAGACCAAGUCGAGCAAGAAGGACAAGAAGAAGAAAAAAAAGUCCACGAGCGCUGACGAAGUCCCUUUCGCUCAAGAUGCGCGAACAGCGGUCGUUCCAGAGCCUGAGCCAGUGAUUGUUGAGGAACGCAGACCAGAACCGGAGACGCUCGUAGAAGAUGACUCGGCUGCUCCUUCUAAGCUCAGUAAGAACGAUAAGAACAAUAAGUCAAAGGGUGCAGUAGAUGAGUUCUUCGAUCAAGCCUCGUCUAGCACGUUUGACUCGCGCGCUGUUGCUGAGCCUGAAUAUGCCAGAGAACAGUUACCGGAGCCGAAGCCGGAGCCUGAAAAGCCAAUGGAAGACGAGGGUGCCGCGUAUGCUAGGCUUAGCAAGAAGGACAAGAAGAAAGCCAAGAAGGCGGCAAAGAAAGGCACCGCCGACAGUUUCGAUGAUACCGAGUCGAGCCAACCUUCCACCCCAGUUCUCGAACGUGAUCCGAGAGAUAUUGAGCCAACCUUCACACCCGGUACCUCACCGGACGAACCCCGCAGUAAUGGCACUUCCGCUAAUGCCACCAAUGCGGCCAUGGCCGGUGGUUUCGCCGCACUCGUAGGUGCUGCAAUGAAGCAGGACCAAGAUCGUAUUACGUCAGACUUUGAGCACGCACGCGAAAGCAUGGAAUACGCACGUGCUCUUCCAAGCACAGCAUUUCACGAUGUAGAAGAGCUCGGCGACGUCAAGACACCGAAGAAACAGAAGAGAGUAUCGAGUGGCAGGUGGUCCCCAUCCAUCGGAUCUCCACUACGCUCGGAGGUCCAGUACAAAGACUAUGUUGGGUCCAUUGCGGACCCUUCCAAUUCCCGAGCUGCUACGGAAUCGUCGAAAUCCCCUCCUAGGGAUCUUGGUUUGAGCCAUGUAUUCCCCUCGACGAUCCGAGAUGCUCAUGCUUCUGGACAUUACGCACCGGACGAUCCUGUUCAGCCCAACUCUGCCGACCGUGAUUCUGACGAGUUCUUCUCGGCCGGCUCAGAUGAGCAACAGCCGGCCAAGGAUAAAACCCCACCAGCGGAUAAGUUCUCCGAUCGUGAGAAGACAUAUAUGGUAUCGCCGCCCAAGACUUACGACGAUGAUUUGGAACGUGAAGAGCGACGCCAUGUUCGCUAUGAGACCCGCUCCCGCUCACAGAGUCGUGAUCGUGGCUAUGAGCUGGACAAGGGUGACUCACCAAACAAACGAAGACAUCACCGUCGACGCGAGACUGACGAACGGUCCGACGACUGGGACUCCCGAUCUGUAAUCUCUGAAGCUCGAUCAGAAGCAACUAGUGAACGUCGCCGCAAGCACAGGCACCGGGAAGGCGAGCGCACUCGUUCACCCGAAGAAUACCGUCGUUCAUCCGCCCGAUCCGAGCCGGGUGACCUCGAGAACGAGCGCAAAUCCUCCCGCCGCCGAUCGAAACGGGAUGAUGAUGACAACAUGUCCGUGUCUUCAGCGCCACGCUACGAUGAGGAGAAAUCCUCGACGAAGGACAAAGAGAAGCGAUCAUCGGGGCUUUUUGGUUUAUUCAGCAGAUCGAAGGAGAACCUGGCGGACACUAGCAAAUCCUCCAAGCCGAGGGAGGAUGAAGACGCCGGUGAGCGUAGGCGCCGCAGGAAGAAGCAUAGGGAGGGCUCGGCAUACGGCUCGGAUGACGAUGAUGCGCGAUCGACCAUCUCGUCUUCCAGUCGCCGUGAGAAGCGUAGGAGUCGCACCGACGGCUGGGAAGAAAAGGUAUAGCACACUUUUAACUUGUUGUACUAUUUUCCAUCAUGUAUUAUAGACGUU